UUUUGAAGGUGGGAAGUACGUAGUAUUCGGUCGCUCUUGCAUCUGCCGCAUCUUUGCGUCCCGUCCGUUUCCAUCCUAUUUAAAUAACUGAAGGAAAAAACAGAGAGAGGAAAGCGCACCUCAUAGAUAUACAGACGUAAACCAGAGUGGGAAAAAAAGCCAUGGAAGUCGCCACCACCCCGCUAGGUUCGGCCUCAGCGUCCGCCAUCGAGCUCUCCGCACCGGAAGUGGCACCCGGCCCGCCCACCGACGCCCCCCCUCCCGACCCCAGCGCAGAAGAACCACCCCCUCCCACCGACCCCCUAACCGCCAAACUACACGCCCUGCGGCACCACCUCACCACCUUCACCACAACGCACACCCACCUCCGCACCGCCGUCGCAUCCGCCCAAGACCUCUACCACGGCCCCACCACCGUCAUCUCCGACCGCAAUGCGUACGCGAUGGGGUUGGCGACCAGCGCCGCGCAGGCUAAGCAGGGGGUUGUGGAGCUCACGAGGCAAUUGAGUGAGGCUGCGGAGCUGUUGGGUGGGUUUUUGGACUUGCAAGGGGGGGUUUUGGGAGGGGUGGGGAGGGGGGUUGAGGGGGUUCGGCAGCAUAUGGACCUUGUUGAGGAAAAAGUGACGCAGCGGUCGUUGGGGAGGGGGAAGCGUAAGGUGAUUGAAAGGUGUCCUAAGAUUAUCAAGCUCGAAGGCGCAACACCCAAACUCCCCCUCCAACCCCAACUUCAAUUCGACCUCCGCGCCUACGAAUCCAUCGGCAUCAUCCGCAACCUCCCUCCUUCCUCCCGCCGCGCCUCUCGUCAACCAACGAACACCUCCUCCCACUCCGGGGGCGCGAUAGUGUACUCCCCCUCCAAAAUGACUCUCGAACAGGCAGUGUCUUCCGGGCGGUCGCGGUCAGGGAGUCUGGCGCAACGGACGAAUAUCACGGCGUUCUUUUCGGGUGGAGGCGGUGCGGGUGAGAUGAUGGGGGGCAGUCGGAGGUCGUCGAAUGUGACAUCGGAGACGAUGAGUAGAUUGGCGACGGAGAGCGGGGCGACGAAACGGGCGUCGGUUUUGAAGGAUGUGGUGUUUUUGGAGCAGGGGGCCGGUGAAGGGCCCCGAUCCUCCGGCUCCCUUGACCGCGGCAUCGACGUACCCUCAAACCCCAAAACCGUCGCACAGAUACAACAGCAAGGCCGUAUCCCCAAAUCAACCUCGUUCGCACACGCCCAGCAGAGCUUAACGGGGUUAGCGCAAUCGCGCUCGAUAACGAAUUUGCAAGCGUUCGGGUCGCAGAGCAGUCUGGUGCGCGGUAAGGCGGCGUCGUUGACCUCUAUGCACUCGAUUGAGGGAGGGAGGGAGCCGAUUCCUGUUAAGGUGGAGGGGCAGAGUGUGAGGAGGGCGUCGGAGGUGCAGCAUAUUGAAUCAUUGAACGUCGACACAUCCCCCACCCUCAACCUCGAAAACCAAAUCAUCAGCCCCGUCAGCCGCGAAAUGUCCAUCAACCGCGGGGUGGUCAGGAUCCCGGCGCCUCCAGUCGUUGGACCCUCGCCCCGAUCUUCUGCAGCUGCCCCUCCACCGCCGCCGCCGCCACCUCCCGCGCCGGGCGCACUGCAGAAAGCCAAAUCCGCGUCGAGGGAGCAAGUCAUCGCGCCAUCGGUUCCGGUAGCUGUUACCGCUGGGCCCCCUCCGCCGCCGCCUCCCCCGGUCCCUACACCCGCGGCUGCAGGUGGUGGUGGUCCGCCUCCCCCUCCUCCUCCUCCACCGAUUACAGCAGGCAGUGGGGGGCCCCCGCCGCCGCCUCCCCCACCAGCUCCACCGGCCAUCUCAGCAGGUCCACCGCCUCCACCCCCGCCUCCCAUCGCAGCCAGUGGACCGAGUAUCGCUACGGGCGGUGGUGGCCCGCCCCCGCCUCCCCCCCCGCCUGUAAUCGCUGCUGGUGGUGGUGGACCCCCGCCUCCGCCCCCACUUCCAAUGACUUCCGGUGGUGGUGGACCACCCCCACCUCCACCUCCUCCAAUGGCUGGCGCCGGUGGCCCGCCGCCACCUCCCCCGCCUCCGACGCAUUCCAGCGGCGGGCCGCCCCCACCUCCCCCACCGCCGUCAGGUGCAGGUGGCCCACCCCCACCCCCGCCUCCUGCUUCAGGCGGAUUCGGAGGAGGACCCCCGCCGCCGCCGCCCCCUGCGCCGUCGUCAGGUGGAGGCGAUUUACAAGCCCAGCUCCAGAACGCGCUGAAGAAUAAAGGGCCGAGGGCUCCGCCGCCUCCUGCAGCCGAUACAACCGACUCUCCCAACAGCGGCGGCAGCGGCCUCUCCCUCCAAGAACAGCUCGCCCUCGCCGUCAAAAACCGCAAACCCACCACACCGUCCACGCCCUCGCCCACAAAGCCCGUGGAACCGGAACCGGUCUCGAUGCAGGACCAGUUGCGGAUGACGUUGCAGAAGCGGGCGCAGAAGAGUGAGAGUGGCGCUGGUGGUGGUCCUGCGGGUGCGGGAAGUGAGAUGAAGAAGCCGGUGGAGGAGAAGGUGGAUUUCCAGAGCCAGUUGAGGAGUGCGCUCAAGACGCGGUCUCCCACGGGAGCGGGGAUCCCCGAGAAACAAAAGAGUGCGGAUUCGCCUUCUGAAUCGUCGCCGGCAACAGGCAGCGUGCGUGACCGGUGGAAGAAUUUGGAGAAGCAGACGUCGUCAGGUGGCGUGGUAGCUACCCCCGUCCGCAAACCCAGCGUGCCCACACCCACCUCCGGAAUUGGUCGACGCACGUCUUCCAACGCCGACGCAGCCCCCCCACCCCCCGCCCCCGUCCUUCCCCCCGCCCCAGGAAUCCCACCCGACACGCCCGUGAUCGCCGUGGGCGCCUAUACAUCCACCGGCCCGGGGCAGCUCACCCUCACGCCGGGGCAGACGCUGAAGGUGAUCAAGUGGGAUUAUGGGAAUGGGUGGGCUUUUGGACGGACGGUUGUGCCUGAGGGGGAGCAGGCGGAGGAGGGGAUCUUUCCGCAGACUUUUGUGGCGAGGGGGUUGGGGUUGUGAGGUGGGGGAUUGGAUUGGGAUCGUGCAGUGGGGGAGUUAUUGAGGAGUGAAUGUCUCCGACGCAGUUCGUUGUGUGAGCAGUGACUUUCUAGGUGUUCAUAUGAUUAUUGAGGCGAAAUUGGACUCGGAAAUGUGAUUGUUUCUCC